AUGGCCUCUGUCCUCCGCCUCGCUCGUCCCGCGGCUAUGCGCCUUGCUGCCCGCUCGACUCCCAUGGCUGCCCGCACGCCCGUCCGCAGCUUCACCACCUCGCGUCUAGGCCUCGCCAAAAUGUACACCAAGGACCACGAAUGGAUUGACCUGUCUGCUGACCGCAAGUCUGGCGUUAUUGGCAUCUCCGAGUACGCUGCCGAGCAGCUUGGUGACGUCGUCUACGUCGAGCUUCCCGAGAGCGCCGACGAUUUUGUCGACCAGGGCGACGCUAUCGGUGCCGUUGAGUCGGUCAAGUCGGCCAGCGACAUCAAUGCUCCCGUCCGCUGCAAGGUCACCUCCGCCAACUCCCUGCUUGAGGAGAAGCCCGCCACCAUCAACCAGGUCCCCGAGGACGAUAGCAACGGCGGCGGCUGGAUCGUCAAGGUCGAGAUUGACGAGGAGGGCGCCAAGCAGGUCGACCAGCUCAUGGACGCCGAGGCCUACAAGGCCUUCAUCUCCGAGUAA